GGGAUCACAGUUUACGGACAACAACGCUUCUAACCAAAGCACCGGGAAAAGUUGCUAAUUUCAGCGAAAUACUGACUAAGUCUCGGUGAAUUUUCGCAAAUAAAAUUAACAACAAUGGCAAAGUUAUUUUCCGUACUCUUUGCACUGGUUAUAAUUGGCUUUGUAGCAGCGGGGCCCAUAGAGAACAAGGAGGCUGUUGCAGAUGGAGAUCUUUCCACUGCCGAUAGCAUUGGCUAUGGUUAUUAUGCGGCUCCUUUACCCAUUUACUACGGAGGAUAUGGAGGCGGUGGCUAUAAGUAUGGCGGCUACUCCGGAUAUAGUGGCUAUGGCGGUUACCGGAGCUAUGGAGGUUCAUACUACAGACCCAGAAUUUACCCAGUUUGGGGUUAAAUAAUCCAAAAUUAUAAACAAAUCUAUGUUCCUACUCAAAAUUCCUUAAGUAACCAAAGAAAUUAUACAAGCUCCCAAAAGCAAGUUAACCCUUUCACUGUCCAACGAUGACGUCAUUGGAGUUUUUGACCCCUGGCACAAUUAACACCGGCUUUAGCGCAAUAAAAACAAAAACAAGAA